GGUCCCCAUUCAGCAUUCAGGCCCAGAGGAGGACACAUCACUGUGGGAAGAGGCAGAUUUGGAAGUGUGGCUGUGGCAUUGGGAUGCUUGGAUAUACCCAAGGGAUGGAGCAGCUCUACAGCACCUACUUCUCCUCCAGUGACCAUCUAAUGAGCUCCAGGUCUGCCCUGGACUCCCUCAUGGGAAUGGGUUUCCCUCCUGUACAACAGAAUCCAGUACAGCAAGUUAAUGUUAAAGACAUGAAGGCUGGGGAUCUUAGAGCCAAUCAGACAGAACAGCACAAGGAAGCCUCCAAUCAGCAGAAAGUUUCCCCCACAUUGAUGUCCAAUCGCAGGAAGAGAACUGUCUACAGUCCCUCAGAUCUGGCCCUACUGGAGCAGAACUUCCAAACAAAUAUGUACCCAGACAUCCACCAACGGGAGGAACUGGCCAGACAAAUGGGCUUGCCCGAGUCUCGCAUUCAGGUUUGGUUCCAGAACAGGAGGUCAAAAGCCAGACGCCAAGGAUCCAGAUCUACCAAGCCGGGGUCUGUGGAAUAUUACUAUAACAGCACCCCGAUGUACAACUCAGCACCCACAGCCAAUGGCACAAUCACCAUAGCACAGCAACAGCAGAUGUUGUCCUACCAGCAGCAGGUCCAGCCAUUGACCACUCUACACAAUGGCUUCCACCCAAAAGUCUCCAUGCAAGGAACCAAUCAGAACAAGAUUUAUUCAUCGGCACCAGCUCCAAAUUCAGGGAAGGUGUUUCAGCAGCAUUCAGUGGGGUUUCCACAGCAUCAAGUCCAACCCAUUAUGAAUUUACAGCAGAAUUACUACCACCAGCCCCAGGACUUCCUGUCCUCAUGGUCCCCCUCAUGGGCAGCCCCCAACCAGAGACUCCCAUUGCAUCUAACAGCAUCUAGUAUCUACCCUCACAGUUACCUGCCUAGUGAGCUCAUUACAAGCCACUGCACCCAUGGUAUGAUCCCUAACAAGGAGAUUGAGGGAGAACUAUGUGGAAGACAUAACCAAGUAUCCAUGCAUUCCAACCUUAUGAUGGACUUUCCACCUAACAAGACCAUCACCCCCGAUAUGAACACCAUCAUCCCACAGAUCACAGAUGCUACAGGCUGGAGCAGCCAGGAGGGUACCGAUGCCUACUCUACACAGGGGGCACUGCCCAGGGCACAAUGUAGCCCCUAUGGACAGGGAUCUCCUGCCUCAGACUCAGGAAUCAGUGACGCAUAUGCAGAGUCAGUGUCAGACUGGGAAGAGAAUAUUAUCAAGACUCUAUUCUGAAUACUCAAUGGCUACACAGCAGAUAUGGAGGCUUCAGUAGGUGGGAUUCUGGGUAGCACUGGAGUUGAUCAGUAUGUGGCCAAGGCUUGUAGAGGACUCACAUACUAAGGCACUUGGGCACUUGGCUCUUUAUAUUUUGUGAUAUUAUAUCUCCUAUUAUUGCAACGGACACGUUUUGGCAAAUGUAUAUUUCUGUUUAAUAUCAGCAUAUUAUUAAGAAUUAAGAAAUAAUGCUGACCAGGUUCACUUAUAAUUGCACUAAUAAAGUAUUUUUUUUUAAAAAAAACACUUUCUUUCUCAAGUCGGUUUUGGGCUCAUGUGGCACAUUGGGUAUGUAUCAUACUGUUAGAGGGGAUUUAUCUGGAGAUGCCAAAAUAAUCAAUUUAAAGGGGUACAUAUGAUUUAGGAAACAACGGGUACAUUGCAGAUGUUCGGCUCAGCAGUUUGCAAGUGAAAAUUGCUAGUCUUUGGGUCCACAGAGCAUCAAUGGAAAUGUCUAACCUUAUAUUUAAAUACUAAUAUGCAGAAUGAUAAGGGUCUGUUGCUACUAUAGUAAUUAUUGUUAUUACCCCUCAUUAAGUGGGACCGACAUAUUUUGCAGCCCAUCAGUCCCUGCCGCAGUGGAGCUUGCAAUCUAAGAUUCCUUCAUUCACACACACACACACCGCAGGGUUAGUUUUAUCACAAGCCAACUAAUCUGCAUGUAUGUUUUUGGAGGGUGAUCAUACAUUACCAAAUUCUGUUUCAUUUGUCUGAUAAAGAAAAAUAUAAUUCCCUGAACUAGUUUGCAUGGUUUUAAGAUUAUUUGUAUAUAUAGCUGCAAUUCCCAAUCCUUUGGGUCUGACUCUUAAUAAAACAUAACACGAGUUACAACUGAAAAGUCCCCCUCAUUGU